AUGAUGGCACUGGGAAACUUCUCCAGGGUGACUGAAUUCAUCCUCCUGGGGUUUUCUGAUAGAAAGGAGCUGCAAGUCCUCUUCUUCACCACCUUCUUGCUGGCCUAUGUCCUGGUUCUGCUGAGUAACAUUCUCAUCAUUGUGACAGUCUGGACUGACCCCAAGCUGUCCUCACCAAUGUACUUUCUCCUCUGCAAUUUGUCUUUCAUAGACAUCUGCUGCACCUCUGUCAUCUCUCCCAGGAUGAUGGUGGGCCUGCUCACCCAGAGGAAGACCAUUGUGUUUGAAGCCUGCAUAGCCCAGCUGUUCUUCCUGCAUUUCACUGGAGCAUCGGAGAUGUUCCUCCUGACCGUGAUGGCCUAUGACCGCUACGCUGCCAUCUGCAAGCCCCUGCACUACACAACCAUCAUGAGCAGGAGGAUGUGCUGGGCCCUGGUGUCUGCUUGCUGGGCAGGAGGCUUCCUCCACUCCCUUGUCCAUACACUGCUCACAGUCCAGCUGCCCUUCUGUGGCCCUAACACGAUCGACAGCUACUUCUGUGACGUGCCUCUGGUCAUUCAGCUGGCCUGCACAGACAUCUCUGGCUCUGAGCUGCUCAUUGCUUCCAACAGUGGCUUAAUAUCCCUGGUGUGCUUCCUGGUGCUGGUCACAUCUUACAUCUUCAUCCUGGUCACAGUCAGGGUUCGCUUCAAUGAGGGAUACUGGAAGGUGAUCUCCACCUGUGGUUCACACUUGGUGGUGGUCACCCUCCUCUUUGUACCCUGCAUCCUCAUGUAUCUCCACCCCUCUUCUGCCUUCUCCACCAACAGGCACAUCUGUAUGUCCUACACUAUCUUCUCCCCAAUGAUGAACCCCCUCAUCUAUACCAUGAGGAAUAAGGAGGUGAAGGCAUCCAUGUGCAAGCUGUGGAAGCGCUGCAGAGGCUCCUGAGGCAAGCUGGGUCUGCAGCAAACCUGCAGUCAUUUUUCUACAGACUAA